GGGGUUAUUUGCUGCUAAUCUUUAGUGGACAUUGUAACAGAUAUAUGGAGGACACAGCACUGCAAGAACAAAUCCCUGUUGAUUUAUUUAGCCUUCCUAACUUGGAGACUAUAGGAUUAGCCAACAACAAUCUCAGUGGAACAUUGGACAUUGGGACCAGAUAUGGGAAUAAUUUAACACUUGAUUUACGAAAUAAUUCUAUCAAGGACUUCACUCAGAAAACAGAAUACAAUAUGAAUAUAUCGCUUUCUGGAAACCCUAUUUGUGAUGGAACAGGAGCAACAGCCAAAUACUGUUCAGUUCAGAUUUCCAAUGAUUCCUUCUCCUCAUCUCUGACUUGUCCAGAAAUGUCUUGCAGUUCAGACAAAACACUAAGUCCUACAUGCAAAUGUUUAUAUCCAUUCACUGGGACACUGCAUUUCUUUUCCUUGUCCUUCUCAAAUUUAGAGAACUCGAGCUACUUUACAACCCUUGCUGGCUCUAUGAUGUCUGCCUUUUUGUCCAAUGGGCUUCCUGUGGAUUCAGUUUCUCUAAGUGAUCCAACGGUUGAUGUUUAUUCAUAUCUUCAAAUUGAAGCACAAAUCUUUCCUUCAACGCAGAACAGUUUCAAUCGAACAUCAAUUUCUUCCAUUGGUUUCCUGCUUAACCGGAAUCCUUUCCAACUCCAAUAUUUUGGACCCUUCUUCUUUACUUCUGAAAGCUAUUGUUGCUUUGCAGACAAAAUGAAGAAGUCAUCACAUACUGGCAUCAUUGUUGGAGCAUCGGUUGGUGGUGCAGUGCUUGUUCUUUUAACACUUUGUGCUGGUCUUUAUGCUUUUCACCAGAGAAAGAUAGCAAAAAGAGCUGGUCAUAGCAGUAAUCCUUUUGAAACUUGGGACCGUGAUAAGAGUGGUGCUGUUCCACAACUUAAAGGAGCGAGAUGGUUCUCAUUUGAAGAGAUCAGGAAGUGCACAAACAAUUUUUCAGAAUCUAACUGCAUUGGAUCUGGGGGCUAUGGGAAGGUCUACAAAGGAACUCUUACUGCUGGGGAGGUAGUUGCAAUUAAAAGAGCACAACAUGGAUCAAUGCAGGGAGCAUUUGAGUUCAAAACAGAGAUUGAACUAUUGUCAAGAAUUCAUCAUAAGAAUGUUGUAAAACUGGUUGGAUUUUGUUAUGAGCAAGGCGAGCAAAUGCUGGUCUAUGAGUACAUUUCAAAGGGUACACUAAGGGAAAGUCUCUCAGUCAAGCCAAAAAUCCAAUUGUAUUGGACAAGGAGACUUAGGAUAGCCCUUGAUGCUGCUAGAGGUUUGGCAUACUUGCAUGAGCUUGCAGAUCCUCCCAUAAUACACAGGGAUGUUAAGUCGAAUAACAUCUUGCUGGAUGACCAUUUAACUGCUAAAGUUGCUGAUUUUGGCCUAUCACUUCUGAAAGACGAUGACAAGGGACAUGUCACCACUCAAGUCAAAGGUACAUUGGGGUACUUGGAUCCUGAAUAUUACAUGAGCCAACAGUUGACCGAGAAAAGUGAUGUAUAUAGCUAUGGAGUGGUGUUGCUUGAGCUGAUAACUGCAAGAGCUCCAAUAGAACGAGGAAAACACAUUGUGAGACUGGUUGCAGAGACCAGAUAUGAUUCAAAAGAUAACAGCAAGCUCUACCAAUUAAUAGAUCCAAGAAUAGGUCCAGGUUCAAAACUCGAAGGUGCUGAUAGACUAUUUACAUUGGGAAUGAGAUGUGUUAAUGAAUCCGGGGCCGAGAGGCCUUCCAUGGGUGAGGUUGUAAAAGAAAUUGAGAAUAUCAUUGAACUGGCCAGCUUGACCAAGUAUACAGAUGAAGCCCUCACUUCAACUAGCUUUGAAGACACAACUCAAGUCAGUCUUGACGAUUUUUAUAAUGACAAGGCUUUUGAUUAUAGUGGUAAAUUUCCUGAUGUUGGCGUGCGGAACACCACUGGAAGUUACUAAGGUGUAUAACUAUGAAUCACAUUUGUUUGUUUGUUUGCUUGGUACUACUGAUUCUUCUGUUUUAUAUUUGAAGUCAAAGUUAUAUAUGGCUUCUUGAGAUUCAGGGAUCUUUAUAUCAAUUUUUGAUGGAAAAAGAAGUUAGAUCA